AUGGCUAGCGCUCUACGCGGCUUCUGCUUUCAUACAGCAAAGACUUCGCACAUGGAAGACAUAUCUCGCGCAAAGCGAGGUCUUCAGCUAUUGCAAGAGGCUGGUAUGAAGAAGAUUAAUUUCGCAGGUGGGGAACCCUUCCUCUAUCCAAAAUUCCUAGGCGAGCUGGUCGACUACUGUAAGGAAGACCUACACUUGGAGUCUGUAUCCAUCAUCACCAACGGAAGCCUUGUCAGAGAGGAAUGGGUUCGCCAGCACGCCAAGAACAUUGACAUUUUGGCAUGUUCAUGCGACUCUUUCAAUGAGGAUACGAACAUCCAAAUUGGUCGCGGCACAGGCAACCAAGUUGAGAUUCUAUAUCGUAUUGCGGAGUGGUGCCGCGAGAGCGAGAUCAAGUUUAAGCUGAAUACCGUGGUCACUCGUCUCAACUAUGCGGAGGAUAUGAAUGAGCACAUUGACAUUCUCGAUCCUUUCCGAUGGAAAGUCUUCCAGGUAUUGAUCGUGGAAGGAGAGAAUGAUUCGGAGAAAACCCUACGUGACGCUCGAAAGUUCACCAUUACAGAUGAGCAAUUUGAAGUGUUCUGCAACAAGCAUAAUCACCACAAAUCAUUUGUCGCAGAGCCCAACAGACUCAUGGCAUCGUCAUAUCUGCUAGUAGAUGAAUACAUGCGCUUCAUCGAUAAAGACGGCAAUAAGCUCACAAAGUCCAUUCUGGACGUCGGGGUGGAGGCGGCUUUGAAGGACAUCAAGUGGGAUGAAGAUGCUUUCCAGGAACGGGGUGGUGUAUACGACUGGACCAAGGAGCAGGGACAAGGGGAAGCUUGCUCCAAUGGCAUGAGUGAGAAGCUGGCUUGGUGA